AUGGGCGGCAGACCGAUGAUGAAUGUGACGGUUGUGUUAGCCACCGUUGAGGCCUCGUUUCACAAACGACCGGUCACACCGCUUGCACAGUCAUGUGUAAAGAGACCGUUUACUUUCACGGAUCGUUUCGCGGUGAUGGCACAGAUGCGGUCGAUUAGAGUGCGGGUGACAAUGGGCUCGGACGAGGCUUGGUCCAUUAAGCUGCAAGACGCACCCAUUAAUUCUGCAGCCCCUGACGGGAGGCCGUGUUCGUGUGCACAGAUUUUGAGCCUCAUUCGCAGCUGUGACCAGCGGCGAUUCCAGGUGCUUCUCGAAUCCCCGACCAGAGCCAAGGAAUACGGCGAGGUGUCGCUCGGCGUGGCGUCGUCCGUCUUGCCAGACAUGGUGUUCGACGUAUCAAAGGAACACCUCUAUUUGCUGACCGCCAGAGAGGGAGGGGUUUGGUCAGGCUUGGGCCUGGGUUUGGACCUGGGCCUGGGCUUGGACUUGGACCUGGACCUGGACCUAGCCCUGGCUCUAGCGAGUGCGACCGAUGCGACGACUGUGAGAGUUCGAAGCCAACGAAGCGAGUGCAUUCAAACACACACACAGCUGUGGGAGUGA